CUUUUUGCAUCAUCAGCACAGUACUCCACAAACAUGACUAACAUAAAUUACACAAGACAAACUAAACAUAGCAACACUAGUGCAAGUUAAGGGAGUGGAAAGAGAAAUAUAGUUCGAAGUCAGGUCAGUUCGGGUACGAGAAGCUGAGGUGUGGGUCUUCAGGCUCCUGAUAUCAACAUUGCGAUAUAUAGGGUAAAGGUGAAUUGGUUUAAUAUUGUCACAUGUAUCUCAAUACAGUGAAAGCCAUCCGUACAGAUCAUUGCAUCACAUCUGUACAUUGACAUCAUACAAGGGAAAAACAAUACAGAAUGCAGGUUUAGCAGCUGCUGGCUUUGAAAGGCAGUAGUGGAGUAGUGCGGGGUAGAGAGGGAGUGGUGGUGGAAGGGGCUGUAACUAAAAAUGAGCACCUUUUGUAACUAGGAAUCCUAAAGUGAUUUAUAGAUAGUAAGUGAUUAAUAUUGGAAAAAAUGGUAGACAAAUGGCUACAUAGGUACAUCUGCAACCUGUUGUAUCUCCACUUAUCACCUUCCAGCUCCUGUGUUGAACUCUAUCCUCCCCUCCCCUCCCAUCACCUCCCUCCAUCUGUCCCCUUGUUACUUUCCCCUUAUCUCUCUCUACCUGUCACCCAUCAGCCAGUCCCUCAACUCCAGCACUUUUCUUCCCCCCCUCUGGCAUCACAUGCCAAUCAUCCCCUCCUGCACCUGAUUCCACCUAUCACCGAAGAGCUCCAGUCUUGCCCCUCCCUUCCACCUCUUUAUACUGGCCAUCUCCUCUCUACACUUCCAGUCUUGAUGCAGGGUCUCAACCUCGCAACUUGAAACAUAACUAUCCAUCUGCCUCCACAGAUGCUGCCUGUUCCUCCAGCAAUUUGUUUAUUGGAUUCAGUAAGUCCAUCUCUGCCGCUCAUGAUUUUAUAUAUGUAAUGCUCACGCUAUCGGCUGAUGUAUGCCGAGGGGAAAAAAUCCGCCCGCCCACCAAACCGUGUCUCCCAUAUGCGUGGAUGCUGUGAAAUGCACCUGUUAACAACUCGCACACACAAUAUCAGACUGCACACCAUGUAUGAUUACAAAAUACACUUUAUAAAUCUUACUAGAACUAGGUAAUUAAUAGCGAUACAAUAUAUAUGAAAGAAAAGGCACCAUAACUUAUCAGAGUUCAGUCAAUUCGUGCACAACUGUUGGAGCUCAAUUAUCGAAGUCUUCAGUUCACUAUUCGAUCUUCUCCGACAUCCCGCACGUCCUCCUUCCUCGUGAUCUUCUCCUCGACCCGGUACCUGGGCCCAACCUCGGUGGUCGACCAGCGCGCAUCCCGUACAUCCUCCUUCCUCGUGAUCUCCUCCUCGACCCGGUACCUGGGCCCAACCUCGGUGGUUGACCAGUGUGCAUCCUGCACAUCCUCCUUCCUCGUGAUCUCCUCCUCGACCCGGUACCUGGGCCCAACCUCGGUGGUCGACCAGUGUGCAUCCCGUACAUCCUCCUUCCUCGUGACCUCCUCCUCGAUCUCCCCAAAAGCUCACACAACACUAGCUUACAGACGCACAAGAAAGAAUCACAUCUAUCCCAAUUGGUUAACAAAUGAAUACUAUUCUUGUUAUCAGUAAUUAUAACCCAAACAAGCUGCAAGAGAAAGCACUCUGUCACCAGUUACCCCAACAAAGAAGCAUUCUUACUUUGAACAUAAUGAGAAGCCAUUUUGAUUAACAUAUACAGUAAUAUAAAGAAGAAACCCCUUACAUAUACCUCUAUAAGUUCAACCCUCAUUAUUAUUCAUGGAGUGUAGAAAGUCCUAGCCUACUUAACCUCUCCCUUUAACCCAGCCCCUCAAGUCCCAGCAACAUCUUCGUAGAUCUCCUCUGCACUCUUUCCAUCCUGUUAGCAUCUUUCCUACAGCAAGGUGAACAAAACUGAACAGAAUAUUCCCAAUGUGGGCUCACUAAUAUCUUGUAUACCUGCAACAUAACAUCCUAACUUCUAUACACAGUGUCCUGAUGGAUGAAAACCAGCAUGCCCAGAAGCCUUCUUCAUCACCCGAUCUACCAGCGAUGCUUUUCAGUGAACCAUGUACCUACACUCCCAUGUCCCUCUGUUCUACGACACUCCACAGGACACCACUGUUCACUGUGAAAAUCCCGAGAAGUAGAGGUCCUGCGGGUGGAGGGGAGGGACGGUGUUUGUGUGUGUGAGACAGACAAGUCAACCAUCUGAUUCUUCUUCCCUCACCCUUCUCCCACCACUGUUUACCCCAUCUCUACCUGAGGGGAAGGUUAGUGAUCUACACCCCACUGCAUCCUCUCAAUGAGAUUGGUGGGUAUUUUCUUUGUGUAAUGUGGGGUUCCUCAACUUCGAGAAGGUGCUAGAUGUGCUUCAAAACUUCUCUUUAACUGUUUCCAUUGCAAAUGCAUCCCUCCUUAAGUGAACCUACAUGUAGUAUCCAAUCCUCUAGAUGUCACCUCACCAAUAGCCUGUUGCAAUGAUAUGACCCUGUUCUUGCAUACCAGACCUCUUGCAAUUAAGGCCAUGUUUAAAAUGCUCAUCUCCUUCAACUGCCUUCUGGUUAAUUGAUGACUGCAAUAGUGGAUGUUGGGACUGCUGAACCGAGUAACUUGGAGACCAUGACUGCACUGGUGCUUGGGACUGCUGAACCGAGUAACUUGGAGACCAUGACUGCACUGGUGCUUGGGACUGCUGAACCGAGUAACUUGGAGACCAUGACUGCACUGGUGCUUGGGACUGCUGAACCGAGUAACUUGGAGACCAUCAUUGAGAGAUAGACAGAAAUCCAUUGGAAACCCCAGUUUUUUGUGGGAGGGGCCAGUCGUUUUGAUGUGUGCCAAGGAAGAGUGGGAGACUGCUGGUUCUUGGCCGCCCUGGCCUCGCUCACUAUGCAACAAGAACUCUUCAACCACAUUGUUCCCCCAGACCAGAACUUCCAGAGGGAAUACUGUGGCAUCUUUCGCUUCCGGUUCUGGUAUUUUGGUGACUGGGUGGAAGUUGUCGUUGAUGACCGUCUCCCCACCGAUGACAAUAACCAGUUGAUCUUCGUCAGUUCGUGUGACAAGAAUGAGUUCUGGUGUGCCCUCCUCGAAAAGGCCUAUGCCAAGCUGUACGGAUCCUAUGGAGAUCUGCAAAUGGGACAAAUCGCAGAGGCAAUGGUGGACUUCACUGGAGGGAUUAAGUUGGAGAUCUCACUGAGGAGCUCACCUUCCAAUCUCUGGAGGAUGCUGAAGAGAGCCAUCGACCUGGGUUCCUUUGUGGGCUGCACCACCUCAUCUUUGAAAAUUGGUGAGAUGAAGACAGCUGAUGGACUUGUGAUGACCCACGCCUACUCAGUCACAGGAGCUGAGCAGGUGAGGUACCAGAACCAGAUAGAGGAGCUGGUGCGAGUGAGGAACCCAUGGGGGGACGAUGUGGAAUGGAACAAGGCCUGGAGUGAUGGGUCCUCAGAGUGGAGCAGGGUUGACGCCAAGAUCAGAGAACGCUUGCUGCUGCCUCGAGACGAUGGAGAGUUCUGGAUGGCAGUGCAGGACUUUGAGGAGAGAUUCCACAGGCUGGUGAUCUGCAGCCCAACUCCGGACUUCCUGAGGGGAGCAGGACAGCAGGAGUGGGCCAUGUCCAUUCAUCAUGGCUCCUGGCUCAAGGGCUACAGUGCCGGAGGCCCCCUGCACAGGAACAAUGAUUUGUACUGCAGCAACCCCCAGUAUCGUGUGACCCUGACUGAGGACAACAUGGACAGUGAGACCGGCAGCAACUGCUUCCUGCUGUCCCUGGUACAGAAACCCCGGAGUCAGCACCGCAGCCUCAACCUCAGGCUCAAGAUCGCCUGCCAUGUCUUCAAGGUGCCGCCCACGCUGCAGGUUCAGGACCAGAAGCUGCCCCAGUCAUUCUUUGAUGAGCAGUGCCCGGUAAAACAGGGACUGACGUACGUGAAUGCAAGGGAGGUGAGCGAGACCUACCAGCUCGGGCCAGGCACCUACGUCAUCGUGCCAAGUACGAACCAGCCCAACGAGCAGGCUGAGUUUGUCGUCCGCACCUGCUUCCAAAAAGGCACCCAACACAACACACAACUUUCACUGAAAAGACAGGAAUACAGCGAUUGGGAACAGAUAUUCGAUCAAUAUGCCCAGGUCCCAGAUCGCAGGUGGUCGCUGUCUCAAUACAAUGAGCCGGACAUGAUGGGCAACUCACUCUCGCCAAACCCAAUGUCUCCCUCCACGAUAGAGACUUGGCAUAGUUGGGGUCACCAUAAAAAUGGUACAGAGAGCAGAUUCUUGCCCUCUUCACCGACUUUGAAGAAUGCAGAGCUGGACGCCGCGGGGUUACAGAAGGUGCUGAACCAAGUGUUUCUCCGUGACGAGGUGGCAGCAGAGGGAUUCAGUCUUGACCACUGCCGCGGGAUGGCGCUUCUCAUCAACUUUGACAGCUUGGGAAAACUGAACAAACAUGAUUUCAGAUGCUUCUGGGGAAAGAUUGAGGCCCUGAAGAAACUCUUCCAUGAGAGGGACAUAGAGGGCUCAGGACUGUUGGAUAUGAACAGUCUCUUCGAUUGCUUGUAUGACAUGGGUUAUCCGGCCGGGAUGUCGGGACAGAAGCUCAUGUCCCUGAGGUAUGCUGACCCGCUGGGGAGGGUGAGCCUGGAGAGUUUCAUCCAUUGCUGCCUCCGCGUGGAAUUUGCCACCAAGAUGUUCAACAAGUUAAGCAGAGGCCAGCCAGGACUCAGUUUGAGUGCCAAUGAGUGGAUGCUCUUCACCACCUACUUUUAAUGGACUGGAUUGUCUGAGUCACUGCUUGGAGCGCUAAAGUGAAGAUGAUAUCCUGAUUGGAAACAUCCCCACUCCAAAGGGCCUGGAUCUCAGUGGGACUGAAAAUGGACUGAACUGGGAACUGCUGAGUGUUUGACAACGUGAAGGGAGCCCUCUUCUCUGGGUCUGAUCCCUCCCGAGACCAAGACUACUGAAGGUGCCAGUCAGACGCUGACUUGUUCUGCCAAUAUUCCCACCCCUGCCGACAUUACCUUUCAUCCCGGGAAUCACUGUCCAGCUUCUGGGCCAAGUUCACACUUACUGCUUGACAUUCCGCCCAGGAAUUUCUCGGGAGACCCUACUCUCCCCACAUCCCUAUCCACUGCCCCCACUUCCUACUCCUCACCCGCAUAGCCAUGAUCGUUUCCAGCGGGCAGAGAACCAGCACAGUGUUAGGACGUGGGAGGAAACCUAGGUGGGCAUAGGAAGGUGCAGUCUCCAAACAGACAGCACCCAGAGUCAAACUGGAGGGUGGUGAAGGGGAGGAGAUACCUUGUCUGGCCAUCCCCCUGCACCUCUCCCCCCAAUGGUUCCACUAUCAGCUCCCUUCCACCCCAGAUUUCAGCUCUGGUAGCCUCCAUGUUCCAGCAACUGUCCCCACCUUCACCCUCCACCCCCACCUACUCCCAAAUCCACCCAGCUGCCCCCCUGACUCACCUUCCCUCUUCCUGUUAUUCCAGCUUUCUCUCCUCUCCACUCUCACAUAGGGUCUCAACCCAAAAUGUCGGCAAUUCCUUCCCUACCCCCCCACCCACACACA